AUAUACGCCUCAAAGGAAUUCCAUUACAGGAUGAGAGAGCCCGAAGAGUCAGAGUAUGCCGAGUGUUAUGAAGACAUUAAAACCAACUGUCGACGACUUAUAAUCCUGUCUGAAAUUUAUCGGGUCGGUUUUUAUCAAGGACAAUGUGGCAAACACAUCACUAUAGACGAAAAUAAAGUGUUUGCUGUGCCACAACUGCAUCAAGCUGUAUUUGAAGGCAACAUUGAAGAUACUCAGUGUCUGAUUAAAGACGGACAAGACCCAAAUCAGAAGCUGCUUGAUGGACCUAGGUUUUUUCGUUGCGUUGAAGAUGGACAGAAAGCGUUGUAUGGUUAUUUCGAAGGAACCACUCCUCUGAUGAUAGCGAGUCAGAAUGGACAUCUCAAACUGGUGAAAUUUCUUCGCUCUCAGGGUGCUGUGAUAUCUAAAACUGACAGUCUGGGCUUCAAUGCCUUUUUACUGGCUUGUGGGGCAAAUCAGCUUGAUGUAUGUCGCUACCUGCUCAGUCAUGGUGCGUCUUUGGAAUUCCGAGAUGAGCUGAAUGGUAUGACGCCUCUUUUGAUAGCGUGUAGAGCGGGAAACGAAGCUGUGGCGAGAUGGUUGAUUGACAGAGGAGCCAAUGUGCAUGCCUGUGACUAUUCUGGAAGAGGUACAUUGCAUUUUGCUGCAUGGAACUACAGUAUUUCUCUCAUACAAUUACUCGUGUCAAAAUCAGUGAAAAUAAAUGGAAAAGAUCGGGACGGAAACACACCCCUUCAUUUGAUGCUGUCUAACACAUCACUGGAAUCAACGGCUCUGGAAGAAGUAUUUGUCCAGAAUAAGGAGGUGGAAACUGUUGAACACAUAUUGAAAAAGAUGAACAAAUUAAAAGAUGUCAAUAUUAUAGUUGACUUUGGACUGACCACCCGGAGAGGAAAAGCUGACCUGUUGAAUAAAUCUAGUGAGAAAUGGAAAUCUCUUUCGGAGUUCAUUAAAAUUGGAGCUGAUUCGAGUAUCAAAAACCGAGACGGUCAGACGCCACUACAUGUCCUCUUACAAUGUCUUCCAGAAACGUUCAUUUCUAAAGGACGAGUUGUUGUCUUCGAACCGAACCGAAAUCAGGAGCUGCUAGUACAGCUUCUUAUUCUUCUGAAACUGGGGGUGGAUCCAGAGGUGAAGCUUGGGGAUGGGAGAACAACUAUCGAAUUGUGCCAAUCGAAGAAAAAUGCACUAGCUAUACGUAUUUUGAAACGGUAUCAAAAUAUCGUAAACGAUACGAAUGCGAACAAUCCUGUUGUAGAUCAAACAAUGGCUAAUUCCCGUCAGAAAUAUCUCCAAAAGCUUAAACAAGUAGAAAACGAGAUUGAGAUGCUAUCAGAUAUGGUUAUCGAGCCUUUACGCCAACGUUCUUUUUAUGAAAUUGUGUAUGAUAAUUGCAUAGCCCUAUAUCGUUAUGUGGACAGCAUUGUCAUUGGUUGAAGACCGAGUUAUCUCUCAUGUAUUGUUAAUUUGAAAACAACACAAAAUUUUAUUAAGAAAUGAAGAUUUCAAGGACAUAUGCAACUACCAAGUUUUUACGAUUAUCAACAAUAAUUUUAUUCAGUACAUGUAAGAAAUCAACUUUGAAUUUUACAGAUGUACUGCAUUUUAACGUCUAAUCAACAAAGCUUAAAGCCAUUACUCAAAGGGCACGAAAACUAACAUUUAAGCAGGAGAGUUAUAAGCUCAUUGUUAAAAUACGAACAAUUCGUUUGGGACGCCACAGCUGCCUUAUGUGAUGGGUCUUCUUAAUUAUAAGGUGGUUUUGCAUCAUAUGCUAUGGGUACUUCAAUAUGAUGAGGUCCUUCCGCAUUAUAUGCUGUGGGUAAUUCAUUAUCUUUCGAUGAUUUUGCAUAACACAUGUAUGCUGUGAAUAUUUCAUCUUAGUUAGUUUCGAAUUCUAAUUGGUUUAAUUGGUUUUGCAUUAUGUACUGUGGGUAUUUCAUUAUGAUGAGGUGGUUUUGCGUUGUAUGCUGUGGAUACUUCAUUACGAUAAGGUGGUUUUGCGAUACUUCAUUAUAUGUUGUGCUUUUUUCAUUAUGAUGAGGUGAUCACUCGGAAAACUUCUCAAACACCUGUUUUCACGUACUCGGAGCAUGGAGGACUGACUAUUGCGGCAUCGUUUCAUUUUAAAAAUAAUUCAAAACAUUAUUACUUGUAAAAUCCUGUAUUUAAAGUGUGUUAGCUAUUAAUAUACAUGUUAUACUCUAAAUUACAUGUUCUGAUAUAAUCUCCCUUGUAGAGUUGUCGUUUGUUCCUCUCUCAGACACCUCUGCAAUGGGCUCGAGUCAAGAUUUUUGACAAAGAGUAAAAACAUGAUAUUCCAAGGAUUAUUCCAAAUUAAACUAAUAGUUCUAGAUCUAUUAAAUAAAUACCCACCUUAAAGGACACUCAUUAGCGUAGGUAUUUAAUGAUAAUGAAUAAAAACAAUUUCUCAUGCUUUUUACAUUGAAAUACGCGAGCGAACUAAGAUGUCAAUGAAUAAGCCGAUGGUACAGAAUGAUAGCAAUAUUUAAGGACUCUUUUUCUUUUAUACCUGAGAGUAGUAGAUUACAGAUGGAGGGGAUUCCAAACGCACUUAAAAGGAAAUCUCCCCCAGAAAUUAUUUGAGCAGCAAUAAAAAUGAAAAACAGAAAAUAAUGAUACAUGUAAUAAUAAAAUAGAAUGAGUUCGACACACUGGAUUCGCCUUAGAAUGUGCAAGCAGACUAUAAACUAAAAUAAUGACCCACGGCAUGUAAAACAUGUAAAACCAUGUCUUCAUAAUGAAAUACCCAUAGCCUAUUAUGCUAAACAAACUCGUCAUAAUUGAGUAUCCGCAACAUAUAAAUGUAAAAUCACCUCAUCAUAAUAAAGUACCCACAGUAUAUAAUGCACCACCUCAUCAUAGUGAAGUCUUCACAGCAUAUUAAACAAAACCACCUGAUCACAAUGAAAUACCGACAGCAUAUAAUGCAAAACCACCUCAUCAUAAUAAAGUACCCACAACAUAUAAUGUACUAUGACCUCAUCAUAUUGAAAUACCCAGAACAUAUACUGCAAAAUCACCUCAUCAAAAUACCCACUGCAUACAAUGUUAACCCACCUCAUCCUUAUAAAAUACCCAGCACAUAUAAUGCAAAAUCACAUCAUCAUAAUGGAGACUUAGCACAUAAGGCAGCUGUGGCGUUCCAUAAAUUUGUCUGCUAAACAUAAAGCAGUGAAGGAGAGUUUUAAAAAAAAUGUUUAAAAUAUUCAGGUUUUGGCACUUAAGGCAUCUGGGGAUGGCGUAGCUUGUAAUUCAUAAUUUUUGUUCCUCUACCGCAGUCCAAAUUAACUAAAGUACAUGCAAUAUUUUUUUACAUUGAUUCACUAGUUGCAAAAAAGAAGGUAAACAGAUUUAAACGUUUUUGAACGUCACUUGAAGAACUGCAACGGAAGAGAAUGGAUAGUAGUCGGUCAAUUGAGUGACUCCUGUGAACUUAAAAGAUACAAAAAUGCUAUCAAAUAUCAUUGUACUCUGUGCCUUUGUUUUAUGCAUGACUUUGUAUAUUUUGCAUUUUUUCUUGGACAGUUUUUCAGCUUCCAACAAUGGCUGAUAAGUCUUUAUCUUCAACUCUUGUAAGCAUUAUAAUUAUGCAAACAGUUUGACUGCUAGAUGUCCAUGAGUAAAGAAGAUUUCAUAAGAUACAAUGUAUUUUCAAUUUAGGACUAACUUAGCUCUAUCCUGAACCCUGAACCAAGAGACCAUGAAUUCUAUAAUUUUUGUGAAGGGAUCAUUGCUUACUAGUAUUAUAAUUAUGCCAACAGAUUUACUGCUUAAAGUCCAGGAGUUAAGAACAUUUUUAAAGAUGGCUUGAAUCUUGGUGGUUUAACUCAAGAACAUCUUGCAGGAUACUAUAUUUGCAUGAUUAUAAUUAGUACUCAGUCUUUUACAAAAAAAAAAAAACUGUAAAAUUCAUGUCUCCCGGAUCUUAGGAUCAGGGUGAGGCAAAAUGAAUUUCUUAUACCGUAUACCUUAUUUUUUAAAAUUCUUAACGACUAGGUUUUUUUCCCCAGCAAAAACGAAAAGCGAAAAAUUUAGUAUACCGAAAGUGUACCAAAAUGUUAUGAGUCUUUUUGACGACAAUUAAGAAAAGUGUUCUUAAUGAAAUGAUCAUGACGGAUUCAUUUUUUUUUUUUAAAGAUUUUUGCUC